AUGCGUCUCUUCCAAAUCGCAUCGGCGCUUCUAGGCGCGCAAGUCGCCUCGUCGACGGCACUCCGUCGCGCCGCAGACACAACCGGAACUAUCGGCUCGAGCGACUUCAUUGUUGAAUUUGCCGAUACCGUCAAGUCAGCGUCCACCUUUUACGAUGCUCUCGAGGCAGAAGGAAUCGGCGCAAACCCUCGUGCUGAGUUUAGUUCUCGCCUCUUCAGCGGCGCGUCUUUCCAAGUUCUGAACGCGAACGGCAGUGAUGGAAAACAGAUCCUGCAACAGCUUGAGGGGCUGGCACAGGUCAAGGCCGUCUGGCCUGUCCGACCCGUGCGUCUUAAUAUGCCAGAGACCAGUGAGGUCCCAGCUUCGAACGAUACUACUGAGGAUGCCCUGCCACGACGCCAAAUCACGCCUCGGAAUGACGCCAAAGACACCUUUUCGCCCCAUGUCAUGACUCAAGUCGACAAACUGAGAGCAGAAGGAGUUACUGGAAAGGGAAUCCGCGUUGCAAUCAUCGACAGCGGUAUUGAUUACACCCACCCAGCUCUCGGAGGAUGCUUUGGACCUGGCUGCUUGGUCGAGGCCGGCUGGGACUUCACUGGCGAUGAUUUCCUCCCUGGAACUAUCGAGGCCAAGCCUGACGCGGAUCCCAUGGAUGACUGCCAAGGACACGGAACUCAUGUUGCGGGAACUGUUGCUGCACAGCUUGAGGGCAACAAGUACGGCUUCACCGGAGCUGCUCCUGGAGUCAAGCUGGCGGCGUAUCGUGCCUGGGGGUGUCGUGCCACGUCUACCAACGAGAUUCUGCUGUCAGCUUUCAUUCGAGCUUUCGAGGAGGGGGCAGAUAUCAUCUCGUGUUCGGAUGGCGAUGCUGGAGGUUGGCCUUCCGAUGUCUGGAGUGUUCUCGCUACCCGCAUCGUAGAUGCCGGAGUGCCCGUCGUCAUCUCUGCAGGCAAUGACGGCGGCCUUGGCCUCUUCUAUGCGUCAGCUCCAGCUACGGGCCGUGGAGUGACAGGUGUAGGCGCAGUUACUAACACCAUGUUCCCAGCGCUGCUCACUGCUGGCUCGUACGCCGUCGAAUCCAACAAGACCAGCCAGGAGUUUGGAUUCUUGCCUGGAUUCCCUGAACUUUCUGAAAAUGUUACUCUUUCCCUGUGGUCUGCUGCCGAGGCUGACAAUGCUUGUUCUACUCUGCCUGACGAUACUCCAGAUUUGAGCAAGCGAAUUGUCCUGCUGGAGAAUUUGGAUGCUCGGGCGACGGGAUGCUAUCCACAGGACCAAGGCACGAACGUGGUUGCCAAGGGGGGCCAAUACCUGCUCUACUACGCAAAAGAUAACCUGACUAUGCGAGAUGAACUCUACAACUAUGCAGAAGGCCUCCAGGGCGUAGGAACAGUUCCUCCUUACGUUGCCCAGCAGUGGCUCUCCAUUCUAAAAGAGGGCAAGUCUGUCACAGUCUCUCUACCGGGGGGGAACAGUACUACUGUACGCCUUGAGCAGCUCGAGAACAAUGUGAGCGGAGGCUACAUGGGGGAUUUGUCUAGCUGGGGCCCUACCUGGGAGCUGGCCAUGAACCCCCAGAUCGCUGCACCUGGAGCGAAUAUCCUUAGUACAUUUCCGGUGGCCAUGGGAGGCUACAGAGUCAUGACGGGAACUAGCAUGUCUGCACCUCUCGUCGCGGGCAUCUACGCACUGAUUGGGGAGGUCCGAGGAACCUUGAAACCAGAGCUCCUGAGACGGCUCAUUAUGUCAACGGCAAAGCCACUCGACUGGUUCGACGGAAAGAAAGCAAAUCCAGAUAUGCCAGCUCCGGCGCCACAGCAGGGUGGAGGUAUCGCCCAAGCCUUUGACGCAGCGCACACCACCGUCGAACUCAGCAUCGACAGCAUCUCAUUCAAUGAUACUGAUCACUUUGUCGGAAACAAGACUUUUAGUGUGAAGAACACAGGAUCCAACGACGUUUCGCUUCAGCUCUCUCAUCGUAAAGCGCCGACCAUGUACACUUUGCAGCCAGACUUGUCUCCUUUGAUGGCUGCCUUCUUUCCUAACCCGAUAGUUGAAGAGUGGGCUGACAUCAGCUUCAGUUCUAGCAAGAUCAAUGUCCCUGCCGGCGGCUCUGUCGAUGUUACUGUCACUUGCACGCCACCGGAGAACGUCAACGGGACUCUCCUACCUGUGUACAGUGGACACAUUGCAUUGACAGGAUCCAACUCUCCCCUGGUGCUGCCGUACUUGGGAGCUGCUGGAAGCAUGCGCGAUACACCUGUUCUACAAGCUUCUCAAGUCUAUCUCGCUAACUACAACAACGAAGCCCCUGCCAACAAGACCUACACCAUCCCACGACCAGACCCGGCCAACCCACCACUCACGGACCGUGGUGAACAGGAUACCACGCCGAAUGUCUACAUUAAGCCCACCAUCGGAACUGCUGCGCUCCACGUCGAUGUCCUGCGUGGCGGUGCUAAGGGGGAUGUUCUUGGGGCGCUGGCUGGUUGGCCGCUUCUCUACUUGGCUCGUUCGGACCAGCGGGCCUAUGUCAAGGGACUGCUUGCCAACGGUACUGUGCUAGAUGAAGGGGUCUAUUCUCUGAGAGUGAGCGCCCUGAGGGUGUUUGGCGACAAGGCCGAUAAAGACGAGUGGGAUGUUGUGACGACAGUGCCUUUCAACUUGAAGUAUGAAUCGUAG